AACUGUGUGUCCUACCACCUCUAGUAAUGUCAUGGAAAUUGAACCCAUGUCCCCGGUUGGUGAAGCAUCGGACGGCUCGCAUGCUGGAGAAUUGCCGACAAAGGAAGUGGCUACCAAAGAGCUGCUUUUUGGUGAAAUGCUUACGGAAGAACCGAAUUGGUACCUACAGCAAACCUCAAAACGGCUGUUCAGGAAUAUACAGCUUCCGACUUGCGUGUCCAGACGGCGGGCGAUACUGCCACAGAACGCGUCCCGAGCGAAGACGCUCAUGCUGGGUUCCCAUCGAAGACGUCAUUUGAUGGAGAAACGAUUGUGUCGUCAUGCGAGGAGAAGGAGAAACUGAUCGCCUCCGCGCCCAGUAUCAUCAUUGUCUAUGCAUGCUCUCAAACGGAUUGCCUGGACCAUGACACCACUGCGACGCGGCCUGGAAGCGAGGAACAGGCUUUGUCUUCUGAUCUUGGUUUGACGCUGUCAAGUCCUAUUGACGAUACUCAUCGAAUCCUACCUUCCGCUAUUGAGGAGAUUGAUGCUUCAUUGGCGGGCACUGUGCCGGAAGCUGGACGGAAUGAGUCACAUUCCUUGUUGCCGAGAGAUUCUGGAUUGGCAAGCAGUCUUCUCGCAGUUCUGGUACCUGCGCUUGAAGCUACCCCC